AGACAGCCAAUAGGCGGCGCCGCGGGAAAGCUGACCCGGACAUGGGCGGGCACCGCUGUGUGCAUUGUUUUUCCUUUCCUACGUGAUCAAUUUCACCCUUCGAAGAAAGAGUGGAAGUUUCAAAAUUAAUCUUCUGUGCAGAUUGCGGUGGGGUAAAAAUGACCACUGAAAAACUUAGCUUUUAACCUGGUUUUGCCUGCCUAUGCUUCCAGAAGACUGCUACAAUGACAGAUUCUUCAAUGGUGGAUCACCUGACACAACUGAAACUCAAACUCCUGGAAAAGAGACUGGAAAAUGAACAGGAGAACCUAGAGAAGAUGGAGUCACCUCUCUCAGCUGCAAGGAACCGACGUGAGGAAAUGUUCCAAAGUGCACUAAGGCGAAGGAAAAACCUCCUGCAAGAUCUUAGAGAGCAGCACCUUCUGGAAGAGCUUUCACAGCCCCCUGCACCAGUUGGAGGUCAGUGUCAUAACCACAGAGCUGCCCCCUCACAUGUCUACCAGAUACCUUUUCCAGCUCCCCAAGCAGAGCCACCAAGGAUCAUUCAGCAGACGAUGCCACCUCAGCCUGCCACCAUCAUCCAGCAGUUACCUCAGCCAGCCCCUCUGAUCACGCAGAUUCCCCCAGCCCAGCCUUUGUCCCACCUCCGUUCUGGAAGCAUUAAGGAAGAUAUGGUAGAGAUGAUGCUGAUGCAGAAUGCUCAAAUGCACCAGAUCAUCAUGCAGAACAUGAUGCUGAAGGCUCUGCCACCGAUGGCAUUCGCACAGCCUGCUGCAGCCAGCUCUUCCCCAGUUCAGCAUGCACAGCAGGACCUGCAGUUUGCUGCUCCUCUGGCUGUGAAAGCAGACAGACCCAGGCUAUCUGCAGUGCACCACCACCACCACUACCCUCCCACAGGGAUGCUCCCAGUACCCCAUGGGGCCUUCCCAUCCACAUCCUUGGCACAUCAUUGGACUGAUGGCACACUCCCUGCCCUGCCUACGUGGCCUACCUUCUGACAGUAAGUGUUCCUCUACACGUGGACCAUAGCAUUGCUUGAGGCCAACCUGUACUUGAACAGUUUCUAAAUCAUCUGAAUGAGAGACGAGUAUCUGUAAGACUGCACAUUGUUGGUAAAAGGAGUGAGAGAAAGACU